UUAUUGACAUGACGAAUGACAGACGGCGGGGUCAGCGGGGUCUUGUUCGAUGGCAGUUCGAUUGGUACAAUUUAGACGAAUUAAAUGACUCGUUAGAGAGAUUAUUUCCGCUCUUAUCCGAUAACGAAGUGAAAAUGUGUUUUAUAAAUACUGUUUAAGCUGUUUACGCACGCUUCUUACGUGCGUAUUGUGUUAUUUAAGAUGUAUAUUCAUUACACCGUAGGAGCCAUUUUUAUUGUAUUUAUUUUGUGCGUUCAUUGUGAUAAUGUAGCCAACGACAACGAAAUCAAGGAGAUUUACGUUCCGUCCGCUCCUCUAAACCUGACAGCAAACAAUGUAACUACCGAGGAAGUACACCUCUCAUGGGCCCCGCCAGUGAACAUGACAGUGCGCACCCUUCCCAACACAGACAAUGACUUCAAAAGUCAAACUCUUAUACCUCACAAUGACCACAUAAGAAACAGAAAGCAAGAGCUGCAGGGCGACGAACCAGCCAAUGACGUCCUCAGCCAGGAAUCACCAUCAGAAUCCAUAAACCCUGAACGACAGAAAGACUUUGAAUACGCAUCAUACAACUGGUACAAAAACGACAAACAAAAAUACAAUGACGAUUACUCAUCUCAUGUCCUUAUCGAUGACUAUAGGAAUAAAAGAGAUGUAAGAUCACAUAGACAUAGGAAGAGACGACAGGAUAAUGGGACUGAUGAGAAUUUGCACUUUGAGAAGAGUUUGGAGGUUUGGGCGAAGCAUAAUGUUGAGCCGAAGGAGGUGGUGAAGAAGGCGUUUGCUAUGAGACAUAAGAAUGCGACGCAAGUGGCUUACGUGCUUUACUACGAACAGGGGGAGCGUCGCUAUGACGUGAACAUCGUCAAUGGGACUCAGAAGUCGGCCGAUGUGAAAAGGAAGAAUGUGUUCCCCAGUGAUUUGGGCAUGGAGAAUUAUUCGAGGGCGACCAAGAAUUUGACGCUGUUAAACACUUCCGGGAAGGUGACGAAAGUAGUCGGGUUCCGCUUGAGAAAUCUAAAGCCUUUCACACCAUACAAGAUCUGGGUGCGUGCUUUCUACAACUUUUCGCUGGAUGGAGUGAAGUCAUCCGAUCUGUUGGACAGACUAGGACCUAAGUCGGAACCCCUGUACGUGCUAACUGACGUCGUGCCCCCGUCCGCUCCCAUCAUACUGAAUUUAACUUGUGACCAGACUAAACGUACACUAUAUCUUCAAUGGCGCCAGCCGCUGGAGUACAACAACUCCCUAGACCAGUACGUGGUGACCCUCAGGAAGAUACCUGAACAGCAGCCGAGGACCAGGCUCACCCUACCGACGAACAAGAAUGAUAUUGAAACUACAAUACCUAUAGAAGUGGAUCUGUGGAACGUGACGCGGUACGAAGUAAAGGUGUAUGCCGUUACCCAGUCCGUGGCCAGGGAUAAGUCCUUUAUCAACGGUGUGGAGUCCAAUCCAGAGGAGGUGUCAAGCGAGUGGUGCGCGGCGCACUCGGAGGCGAUGUCCCCGAUGGACACGCCGGCGCCGGGAGCCGUCAGCAACGUGGCCUUGCUGGCCAUCUGCCCACUGCUGGUCUUUGCCGUCGCAGUCGCUGUGCUCUACUGGAGGUGUCGAGCUCGUCUCAGCAAGUGUAUCAGCGCUGCCUACAACUAUUUGGAAGAAGGUGGCGAGAGGGCUGCGCGGGCGCCGCUCAACUCUUACAAGAAACCUGUGGUGAACUGCUCCCCCCUGGUAUCCUGCACAUCGGGUGCGGGCGAGGGCCCCGAGGGCCCCGGCGGUGGGGGCCCAGAUGUAGGGGCCCGCGCCCGGCCCCCGCGCAUGGCAGGCGCCGCGCAGCCCGCCGUGCGAGCCUCCGCCUUCCCUGCACAUGUCGCCGCGUUACAUGCUGAUGGCGAUAUUGGAUUCAGCAAAGAAUACGAGAUCGUGGUAGCCAAAUCAGCUGCGUUGGGCCACACCAGUCACCAUAGUCACAGACCAGAGAACAGACUGAAAAAUCGGUACCUGAAUAUAACUGCAUACGAUCACUCCCGAGUAUGCGUGUCACUGGGCGGGCGGUGCGGCGCGGCGGGCUGCGUGGGCGCAGGCGGCGCGGGGGGCGCGCCCGGCGCCCGCGGCUCGGCCUGCGACUACGUCAACGCUAACUUCAUCGACGGGAUGCUGCCUCAACUACAGCCUCAUCAUCUAGCCAGGAUCCGAAGGAAGCUGGAGAGAAGGAAUAGACCACAUAGACAAUCAUCAGUAAAACCCUCUAAACCCCCUCCAAACUUGGCUGAAGGCAUAGAGUCAGCGUUCCUGAACAUUGAGUUCUCCGGUAUAGUCGAGUCGGACGAACAGAACUCCGACUCGGACAGCGAUAGGAGCGAUUCUGACUCCGAGUUGGAUGACGUCUAUGUUGAUAUUGACGGCGUCCCAACCCGCGUCAAACUAGAAUGGUUAAUAUGGCGACGUCGGUACAUCGCAACCCAAGGUCCCACGCCGGCAACACUGGACGCUUUCUGGCGCAUGAUCUGGCAACACCGAGUGCAUACUGUCGUUAUGAUCACCAACCUUGUGGAGCGGGGACGGCGUAAGUGCGACAUGUACUGGCCGGCGGGCGGCGCGGGCAGCUCGGCGGAGUUCGGCGGCGUGCGCGUCACGCUGCUGCACGAGGACGUGCGCGCCGCCUAUACUGUGCGCCACAUGCGCGUCACUGCUGACUGCGCGCCGGGCACGUCACCGACCAGUGGAGACACAUCAGGCUCCGGCAGUGAGGGUCGCAGUAUAGUACAGUACCACUACACAGUAUGGCCCGACCACGGCACUCCCAGACAUCCUCUAGCCGUGCUACCCUUUGUGAAGGCGGCUGGGAAACAUCCCUCUACUGUUCUAGUUCAUUGCAGUGCGGGUGUAGGUCGUACAGGCACAUACAUAGUGCUAGACGCACAACUGAACCAACUGAAGCUGACAGGCACACUCUCGCCCCUGGGUUUCCUGUGCCGAGCACGGACACAGCGCAACCAUCUCGUGCAGACAGAAGAACAGUACGUCUUCGUGCACGACGCACUACUGGAACACGUGCGCUCCGGAGACACAGAAGUAGAAUUCCCUAAAGCAAGACAAUACCUAAUAAAACUUCUCGAACCUAUCUCCGACGAAGAACUAGCAGUUUUAGACCUUAAUCCCCCUAAAAAUAAGAGCACAAAUGACUUGUCGAAUGGUGUCGAAAAUGGCGAAACGUCUAGUAUAAAAUCCAGUCAGAAUGCAAGUGAAAAGGAGGUUUUGGAGAAUGGUAGUCAAAUGUCGAUAAAGACGGACGAUCUGAACAGUGAACAGAGUAAGUCGGUUAAGGAUUCCGAAGGUACUGAUGAGCCCAAGGAUGGGAUGGUGAAUGGGGAGGAGAACGAGGGAGUUUAUGACCUGGCGCCACGGUCCACUGACACGUAUAGUAAGAAGAUGCAGGCGUAUAACAAUAUGAGUGAGAUGGAGAAAGAAGAGAUGAGGAGAGCGAAUCGCGCGGAGAACUACGCGUUGUUGGAACGCAUGAGGUCGCUAGCGAACAGGCAUCACACGUACCAGGGCCCGCCGCCCGUCAACUUGCUGGAGAAACAGUUUCUGCUUAUAACAAGAUCAUGCGUGGAAGCGAGCGUGUGUGCGCGUGCGCCACAUAACGCAGAGAAGAACAGGCCCGGCGGUAUUCUACCGUCGGAUUCUGCUAGAGUCAUGCUUGUACCUAAACCGGGAGUCGAAGGCAGCGAGUACGUGAACGCGUCGUGGGUGUGCGGGCGGCGGCGCGUGCGCGAGUACUGCGUGGCGCAGCACCCUGCGCCGGCGCACGCCGCCGAGCUGUGGCGCCUGCUCUGGGACCACACCGCGCAGCUCGUGCUGCUGCUGGCCGAUACUGACGACCCGGAAUGCGAAAUAUUCUGGCCGACGGAAGAAGAGAAAGAGCUAUUCGUUGCCAACUUCAGAGCUAGUUUUGUAUCAAAAGACACGUAUGUGGCACAUCGGAAACUCGACAGGAAAACGCCCGCAGAAUCUCCCGUGGAACCAGAGACCAACGGGUACAGGCGACAGGAGAGCAGCGACUGUGCUGAUGAUGAGAGGCUUAUACCAGAAAACGGCUCCCCAGUCACCGAUACUGAACCAGCCUACCGCUUUGACAGAACAGAAUUAAGACUCGAAAGACUCAGCACCGGCAACCGGGACCUCUCAGCCCGCAAAUCAAUAGCAAACGGCGACCUCUUCUCAUCACUAUCCGAAAAGAAAAACGGCCCCAAAUCCCCUAGAUCCCCCUCAAAAAUGUCCCUCAAAAACUUUAAAUUAAGCUCCCCUACGAAAUUCAAGUUCCCCGAUUGGGGGAAUAGGACAGCGGGGUCCCCUCCGGACACGGCUCCCCCACCGCCCCCCAUCGCGCCAGCUCUGACGGUGGAAGAAGAAGCUGAGUUACGACGUCCAUGUUAUUUCUUUGAGAAAGUGGAUAAAGUACCUGACGAUGUGCCGUUGGAUAGAGUCGUAGAAGUUACAAAUGUUAGCGUGCACUCGUUGCAAGAUGAUUACCAAUUAAGUGUUAAGUUUAUCAAGUGCAGUCGGUGGUUGGACGGGGAGACUACGGACUAUGUCCAGGGGAGGCCGGACGAGAAUGAGUUCAUUAAGGCUGUGAGGCAGGCGGCCACGGAGGGCGAGAGGGAGGCUGCCCUCGACAGGCUUAUAGAGCCCUACAAAGACUCGUUCGCACUGGUCGAGUAUGUCGCCGGCUGUCAGAUGGAGUAUAAGAAUGGACCUGUCGUUGUUGUUGACAAAUACGGCGGUUGGAAGGCGAUGAACUUCUGCACGAUGUCUGCGGCGUGCGGCGGCGCGGGCACGAUGCGCGCGGCGUGGGCGGCGGACGGCGACGCGCGCGCCUCGCUGUACUGCUGGGCCGCGCUGGGCGCGCACGCGCGCACCGCGCCGCACCAUGCGCGCGCGCACCACCACGCCGCGCUGCUCGCCGCAUACUGCGCACUCGCCGCCUAUGGCACGCUGCUCGCUGAUACUACUGCUAGGUACGCAGAAACCCCGGACCAAGAAUCCCGGUAAUAAAUACAUCACUAUUAUACCCACAUCACAUCACAUGUAAGAAUACUCAGCGCGUUGUGUUACCGUGCCUACCCCGCUGUACCGACGUGAACAUAGCCACAUGUAUGUACAGACAACUUCAGAUCAAUGUGAACUACAAUGUCUUUGAUUGAUUUUGAACUUUAUUGUUGAAGACGUAAGGUUGGAAAUACCCUGCCGCUAUACCGACGUGAAUAUAGCCACAGUGUAUGUACAGACAACUUCACUUCAAUGUAGUUUAAUUGAUUUUCAGCUUUAUGUGCUGAAGUUUUAAGGUUGAGAAUCAAUUAAUGGUAUUGUGAAGGACAGUGUUAGUGUCAGUGCUCCGAUAAGUGAGAUAUGCAAUAAUUUUCUUUUUGUAUUUGAAUACUGAGUCUUGUGACUUGAUGCCUUUUUUAAAGAAUACCUCUGUACUACAAGUUGUAGAUAUAUUGGUAUGUUUUCUAUUAAUUUAGUUAAAGAAUUGUCUAUUUUAUGUGUUGUAAUGUGACAGCUUUGUAAGCUUUUUAAGCUGUGCUUAAGGUAAAAAGCUGUGUUAAAUAAUUUCUGAAAAUAUAUUACUUUCUAAAUUAAUAGAAGCAAUAAUAACAAACCUCACUAUUACUGAACUACGUUAUGAAUGAAAGAUCUCGCAUUUUGCGGCCACUAGGUGGCGUUAGUGCAGUUUAAGGUCAUACUAGUCCAAACACUAAAGUUAUCUGACCAAUAUCUUGAAAUUAGCUAAUAGUCUGUAGAUCAAGAGACUUUUUUCGACACUAGCGACCUCUUGCGUCGCAAAAUAACUCGUUUUGAGGUAGGCCUAUGACUAAGGAAUAACAGUUUUUCUAUAUAUCCGUUAAAUAGAUGAAGCUAGAUAAUUUGUAUGUUAAGAGUAAUUUUAAACCUUAUAACGCGGACUUGAAAUGUCAUAUUCGAUUGUAACAAUUCCAUACAGUUCUUAAAGACAAAUGUUUUCAUUCAGUCGAUCAUUUUUCAACUUUAUUUCUUUUGAUAUAAGAAUCAUAAUAGAUCAAUCUAUAUUGACUAAGUUGUAAAAUUAACUAAAAUAGUCUUUAUUACGUGAACGUUAAAAUUGAUAUUCGCGUGACGAAAACUGGUAUUUAAUUCGUUUCGUUUUUGCAAGCGACUUGUGAGGUUUUAAGUUUUUGUGUUUAAAAUAUUUAUUUAUAAAGAAACUAUUGGGUUCUACGAAUACUUUCUAUAAACUUAUUAUUUAUUUAUUUUAUUAUUUGAUCGACUUUUGCCCCCCUUUCCAAAUAUGUACACUUAAAAUAAAACAGUGGAUUAAUUGCAAACAAAACUAUUAUAGACAACUAGCGGACCCGGCAAACUUCGUAACGCCUCAAUAUUUUUUUCUCAUCUUUUAAACGUUUCCUGGACUUCCACAAAUAAUUCAAGAUCAAAAUUAGCCAAAUCGGAUCAGCCGUUUUCGAGUUUUAGCGAGACUAACUACAAGAUUACUUUUAGAAUUUAAUCAGAUAUUAGAAUUAAAGCAAGCACUAUCUCUUUACGAUCAAAGUAAUCGAAACUAGAGCACGUUCAGCGCUCUGAUUGGUUGGUUUAUACGAGCCGGCCAAUCAGAGUGCAGAAUACGCUGUCGUAUCGAUUACUUUAAACGUAAAACAAACUCGUAGUAAUGGUAUUGUUUGUUUGCAAUUAUCUACUGAUAAAAAAUGACUGAUUGUGACUAUUACUGGUACUUUAGUAUCAGUAUUGAACGCUGACUUGCCUAAGAAAGGCUGAAUAGGAGUCUUGAAUGGUUUCUGAUGGUAAUUUCAAGGUCAUUUGCUUGGUAAUUAAAUAAAAACUGUGUUUGAUUGUCGUCAGAAAACUGGUGAAAGCUAAUUCUCCGUUAGUAACAGGCACUUGU